AUGCCACCCAACAAAGCCAUCGCGCAGAAAUACAAACGCAUCGGCAUCGUGGGCGCCGGAAACAUGGGCUCGAUGAUGGCCUUUGCCUUCUCCGAGCUCGGCCUCGACGUCUCCAUCUGGGACGUCGCGCGCGAAAACGUCGACCAGCUGCUCUCGUCAGCAAAGAACGUCAACUACGACGGGAAGAUUGAAGGAUUCUACGAGAUUGAAAAGUUUACCAAGUCGCUCGAAGGACAAGGCGUCGAGCGCAAGAUUUUUCUGUUUUCGAUUACGCACGGAGACCCCGCGGAUUCGGUUCUGGGGAUGAUCAAGGGGUCUCUGAAGGAGGGGGAUAUUAUCCUCGAUGGCGGGAAUGAGCAUUAUCGGCGGACUGAAGCGAGGCAGAGAGAAUGUGCGGAGAUCGGGGUGAGUUGGAUCGGACUCGGUGUGUCGGGCGGAUACCAGUCUGCACGGCGAGGACCGAGUUUAUCGCCCGGUGGGGACGCCGAAGCACUCAAGGUCGUUAUGCCGCUACUCGAGGCAUAUGCGGCGGUCGACGAGAAGACGGGGAAGCCGUGCGUUACGGGCGUUGGACCGCGCGGGUCCGGGCAUUUCGUCAAAAUGGUGCAUAAUGGGAUUGAAGGGGGCAUGCUAUCGACAAUUGCUGAGGCGUGGUCGAUACUGUAUUACGGAAGGGGGUUGAGCUACGAGGAGAUUGCUGAUAUCUUCGACGAUUGGAAUAGAGAGGGGGAGUUGCGGAAUAACUUUCUCCUGGAGAUUGGGGCCGCGCUGUUGAAGGUUCGGAAGACGAGGGAGGGCGAUGGGAAGGGCGAGGGUGUUUCCGAGAACAGCGACAGAGAUGGGUACGUGAUUGACGAUGUGCUGGAUAAGGUCGUGCAGGACGAUGACGAUACAGAGGGGACGCCGUAUUGGGCGGUUAUGGAGUCUGCGGCCAGGCAUGUCUCUGCGCCGACGCUGGCGACGGCACACUAUAUGCGCAUCGCGAGCGGGAAUCGGGCAGAGAGGCUGGAAGUCUCGAAGAAGCUACAUGUCCCCCGUCCAUCGCCAAUCCGGGGGAUGAAGACGUUCGAGGCGUUCAAGGAGCACCUGCGCAGGGCCGUCUACGGCUCAUUCCUAGCGAGUUUCUGUCAAGGCCUCGAGCUUAUCGCUCGAGCAUCCGAGGACGAAGGCUGGGGCAUCGAUCUAGGCAAAUGUCUCCAGAUCUGGCGAGCAGGAUGCAUUAUCCGGUCCGAGGGCAUAGCAGAUAUCCUACAGCCUGCACUCUCCGAGAACAAGGAGCUGAAGAACAUGAAGUACAUCGACAAGGCGUCCGAAGAGCUGGGGAGGACGUACAACUCGCUAAAGGAAAUUGUCAUUGCAGGCAUCGACUCGGACCAUUACCUACCGGCGAUGUCGGCAACGUUGGAGUACCUGAAAUAUGAAGCAGGGACUAUGCUCCCAACCAAGUUCAUGGAGGCCCAGAUGGACUUUUUCGGCGCGCAUGGAUAUAACAAGCCUGGAGUCCCAGGGGAAGAUCCGGGCCCGGUUGGCAAGGGGCCUCAUCAUUAUGAGUGGCGGCCUGCUGUGUGA